AUGAAGAGAGGGAACGAAGAAAAGGUUAUGGGACCUAUGUUCCCAAGACUCCAUGUGAAUGAUGCAGAUAAAGGAGGGCCAAGAGCACCUCCAAGGAAUAAGAUGGCGCUCUAUGAACAGCUCAGUAUCCCUUCUCAGAGGUUCAACCCUGUGGUGAUGCCUCUUAAUCCAAAUAGCACUAGCAGUGUGGUUCCCUCAGCUUUCUCGACCCAGGGGAGUCGUUCUGAAGGAAAUUUGCCUGUUCCGCUUCAUGUUCGUCCAUCUACACCUACUCGUCAGGCUGAGAUGUUUCAUGCUCGUCAAUCUGAUGGAGCAAAUGAGAACACGCCCUUGACACAACCCGACCAAAGAAAGAAGGUCGGAGAGGAGGAUGAUUUUAGGGUGCCUGUAUUUGUUCAAUCAAGGAUGGGUCUUUGUCAUAGUAAAACUCAAAUUGGUAUUGAUAAGGAAAAACUUGCUCCAAUCGGCCCAUCUCAUUCUGGCCAUACACAUUCUGGCCAUACAGUGAAACUAAAAAAUGUGGGCAAGAAGGAUCCAAUACAAUUAAGCUCCCCAACUACUCUCAAUUUGAGACGAGAAUUGAGAAGUGAAAGAGAAGAGGAUCUAAUAAAAGUAAGUGGCCCGGCUAGGGACCAUUCAGCAAAAUCUGCCACAAAAAUAUCAUCUAGACAAAAGAUUGAUGGGCCUGCAGAAGAAGUAAGUGCAUCUCCAAAUCAAGAGUAUGCAGACUGUCCUGUUCCUAGAUUCAGCAGGUUAUCUGAGAGUGAUGCUUGCUUACAACAAGAGUCUAGAUCUGGAUCACAGCCAAACAUCACUGGGCAAGGUGAUGGUCUUGUCGAGUGUACAAGAGAUGUAGAGAAGGGAGCUGUUUUCCAGGAAAGAAGUCUGUCUUAUUCUGGGGAGGAUCCUGGUGGUCCCAAUGAGCUUGAUAAUGACAGUGAAUACCAUGGAGAUAGAACGUGUAUUUCACCUCAAAUGGGACAUGUAGACAAAAGUGAUGAUGUCUCAGAGACCUCCAUGGUGGAUUCUGUAUCUGGCUUGGACAUCUCUCCUGAUGACGUUGUCGGAAUAAUAGGUCAGAAACAUUUCUGGAAGGCAAGAAAAGCAAUCGUCAAUCAGCAAAGAUUGUUUGCAGUGCAAGUAUUUGAGUUGCAUAGGCUCAUUAAGGUUCAACGACUGAUUGCUGGGGCUCCUAAUCUUUUGCUUGAAGAUACUGCUUUCCUAGGCACAUCUUCUUUAAGGGGUUCUCCUGCAAAGAAACUUUCAUCAGAGUAUGUUGUAAAGCCACUACUACGUGUUGUAAAGCGCAAACAUGAACCUGAGAAGCCAAACAACAAAAUUGAAUGUUCCGCAGAAAAUGCAGUUGGGAAAACAUCUCUUUCUUCUGUGAAAAAUGGUAGUCAGACUUCAAAUUAUGGGCCAUAUGUAGGGAACCCACAGCCAACACCUGUCGGUACUGAUAAUAAAGCCAGUCCUUGGUGUUUCCAUCAAUCACCUGGACACCAGUUGUUAAUUCCUGUAAUGUCUCCCUCUGAAGGACUUGUAUAUAAGCCGUAUCAUGGACCUGGAUUUGUGGGACCAGUUUGUGGAGGAUGUGGACCGUUCAACUCAACUCCCAUGACUGGUAACUUUGUUAAGCCAAACUAUGGGGUUCCAGCUUCUCAUCAUCAUCAAGGGACGGGGGUUCUUCCUGUCCCUCCUCCAUUAGGCCAUACUUACUUUCCUCCAUAUGGCAUGUCCAUUAUGAAUCCAGCCAUGCCAAGCUCAGGCGUUGAACAAAUGCGUUGGUUUGCCGGACCUGGUUCACAUGGUCAAAUCGAUCAGUUAUCAGGAGGGGGAACAAACUCUAAUGUGCAGCAUCAAAGCUCAUGCAAUAUGCCAUCCCAGAAAAGUGGAGCUAUUCCUCAUGCCAUGAUGUUUCAGGCAUCUAACGACAGUGAGCUACAAGGAAGUACCACAAAUAGUCCAGGUGACACAGCACGAUUGGGGACAGAUCAAAAUGCUGAAGGAAGUGAUGCUCUUCAACUUUUUCCCAUGUCUCCGGUAAUUCCAGAAGGAGUAGCCCAACCUCAUGAUUCAGGCCAGCCAACACGAGCGAUUAGAGUUGUGCCGCACAAUCCAAGAACUGCAACUGCAUCGGCUGCUCGGAUUUUCCAAUCUAUACAAGAAGAGAGAAAACAGCAUGAUUCGAUCUAG